AUGCCGAGGCAUUACAUCCCUCAACUAGGAACACGCUCCUACGAAUUUGAGUAUAGUACGGUGGUCAAUAUCGAGAGCCGAGAUGACUUCGGUCCCACCGAGUGCAAGUUUCCAGGUUUUCCUAAGCCAACCACGAACAAGCACAGCCAAAAAAGAACAACUGGCAUCAUAUGGUCUGGCCUCCUGCUCUGGAUAUCUCUUUUAGGAGCCGGGAUUGCCUUCACGGUCUUGUUCGUAGUACAAACGGACAAUAGCGGCUUUGAAUACAACAGCCCGGAAUACGCGCUGUACAAGAAUACCGUGUUUAAGGAUUGUUACAACACGUCCGUGUCUGCCACCACUACGCCUGAUUGCCCUUCUAUCAAAGCCAUUUUACAGCAGAACAACAACCCAGGGUCUGUCGGGACCUUGGGCCAUACCACCUUGUCACAGUCGGGAAAUUCGAAAAACAACAAUUCCACUUACACCUGGUGCGAAGUAAUGACCUGUUACAACGACUUCAAGAUCAUACCUUCCACGCCACGUCCAUCGGCCUUCUGGCCGACACUUCUUGAAGCAUGGGAUAUAACUGCCAUCACUUUCCUACUGGCUUUUUGGCAAUUCAGAAAGAUGCACAAGGCAUUAUACAGCGACAAGUUGACGCGCUGCAAAGGUUUUGAGUGGGAUACUUGGCUAAUCCUAGCCUGGGAUCUCGCUUCCUUUAUCUGGUGGUGCUUUGGUUUCGGCAGGUUUAUGUUGAAUCCAACACGAUACCCUGCUCCAUCCAUGCUCGGCUGGGUAGCGAUGUGGAAAUAUUCUUAUAUGCUGAAUUAUCAUCCGUAUGAGUGUGUCAUCCGACGCGCUCCUGAAACGGCACAGCAAAUUGCACAGUGGACACUCAACAUACUGGCAACUCUAUUGUGGAUAGCUUCGGCAUACAUCUGCACAUACAGCUUUCAAUCCGCUGACCGAAAGUGGUCACCAUAUGAUGCAUACGACUGUCUCGCCUCUCGCAUCGCGGAUGCGCCCGGAGCUUCGACAUGCUCAGCAGAGCAGAUAUGCUCCAAACAGACGCUUUUCAGCUCCUACGCCUUCAGAUUUCCUAACCAAUACUUCCCGGGUGCCACGAAUUUUCUCGGUACUUUUGUUGCCCUUUCCAUUGCUGCGCUGUACAUGGUAUGCGCCCUCGGCAUUUUCCCGGUGAUCAGAUAUAUGCUUCAAGGGGGAAGUAUUCGGAAAUGGAGAGAAAGAGUAGCAAAACGAUAUGAUUUUGGGUUUACUGGUGGUAUAUGUCUUACAUCGGUCGGAUAUAUGAUUUAUGGUGCGUUUACUAUAUUUGACGCAGUCCAAGCAUUCAAACACGGUCGUGAGGGCCCGGUCACAUUUUACUGGGACUGCACCGCGCUGCAUGUCAACGUGAGCCCGUGGCGGUACUACUUGGAUGUGAAUUCCGAUCGAGUAGUACGACUGGCCAAAAUGUGGUUUAAUUCAUGA